AUGACGAAACCCCAGCUGCCACGAAGACGAACGUACAAACCCAAGGUCCAAACCGGCUGUAUUCAGUGUAAAGGAGCGCGGAUUAAAUGUCCAGAGCAGCGGCCUGCGUGCGCUCGCUGUCAGCGCUUAGCGCUCGACUGCUGCUACCUGCCGCCUAAAUCUAAGCAGCAGGGUCAGAAUCAAAAGCGUGCUGCGAGCAUGCGGCGGAUACUCCCCGCUACAGCAAUCAGGAUUCGCACGCCACCGUCUUCGUCAUUGUCAUCCCGGUGUGAUCUGGAGCCAGGCGGAGGCAUAUACCUUGAAUGCUUUCGCGAACAAGUGGCCCUCAUGGAUCAGGAUCUCGACAUGACUGAUUUUUGGUUCCGUACAGUGCUCCGGGCUAGUCAUACCGAUGAUAGCAUCACAUAUGCCAUCGCCUCCAUCGGGGCCCUAGCACGCACGAGGAAACACUCCAGCAGAUGGUUGUUUCGUAAUCCAGACCCGCACAAUCAGGAAGAGUCUGCGCAUUAUCACACCGCCGUCAUGUAUCACAACAAAGCCAUCACCACCUUUCGCAGAUACAUUGCCAGCUCUAAACCAGACGAUGCGGAUGUCCAUCGGACUAUACUUAUUAUUACUGUCCUUUUUGUUGUACUUGAGAUCUUCCACGGUAAUAAUCGAGCCGCUGACGCCCUGACAGGCAGUGGCAUCCUACUUCUCAAGGAUAAGAUGCUACACUCCCUAGGCAUUACUGGGGUGUCGAGGUCAUCAUCACUAGCAGGUCUUAUUGAUGAUCAAGGUAUCGUCGAAGCCGAGCUCUUCCUGACCCGGUGUGCCGCUCUCUGCUCAAAGGCGUUCGACCUUGCUCCAUACGCGCAUGCGGACGGCAUGAAGGCCAUGUUGAUGAUGCCAAGCUCUGGCCUUAAUGUCCCGCCGCCACCGGAUGGCGAUGCAAGCAUCAAGACAUUCUCAUUUCAGUUCCUGAACUUGCUUACAGCUAUCCUGAUUUGGCAUACACGUGUCAGAGCUCAGCGACACUUAGACAUCAUCUCCUUCUACAAAUACCCAGAAUUCUUCCAGCAACAAAGAGAACUCCUAACCCAGUUGCGAGGAUGGAUGGAGUCAUACAAAGCCCAACUGAAAAGAAGACACACAACCAACAUCCUACAUUACUUUGAGCGGCAGUCCCUCUUCACAAAACUCGCGUAUAUUAUUGUUUCCUGUGAGCUUGAUCCCACGGGGAACCUCUGGGACUCUAUGGCACCUGAUUGCGCUGAGCUCACUCCCAAAUUUCGAGCCCACCUCGAUGCUGAACUCGACGACCAGUCGAAGCCAGAUGGCUCAUUAAUCUCUUUAGAGAAUACUUUUAUGUGGGCGAUAUUCCUAACGGCCGCUACUAAUGUGUCUGCAUCGUGUCGAGACCGAAGCGUGCGACUGGCCUGGAUACACAUGGCUGAAAUUGCCACAAAUAUGUCCUUUCUAAAACAUUUGCGCGGAAACGUGAUGGCUACCGCUCUGUUUAUCAGAGCAGAGGAGGAGGGUAGAGAUAAGGCGGGCGUGAUUCCACCAUCGUCGCGGUAUGAUCUAGACACAGCAACUUGGAACGAAGACUCGGGCCAAGUAUGUCUCAGGGUAAAAGCAAACGUGGCGGGCCAUGAUGGAAGGCGCAAGACGAAGGAGUUAGUAUGUAACAUCAAAUGA